CGAGAGUGUUGCUCCCUACGUAAGCAUACUUGUUUGGUAUUUAAUUGAAGUUGACAUUUUUACCUUCUCAGACAAGAUGGAAGCUUUUAGAGACACCGUUCCUGAUGCCUUAAUUUGCAACCUACUGGGAGAUUAUCUGCAAUGCAGCAAUGAACAAUGCCAGGAAACGUCUAUUGCCAUCAAUGAUAUAGUCUGUAUUCUUGGGGAAAGAUGGGAAAACACAUACAGUGUGCUAUUUCUUGAAAGGCACAGUGAAUCAUCUGAUUCUGACACAGUCGAUGAUCGUGUGCGUCUCGUUAAAAUCAGGACGGGACCCUUACCAUCAACGUUGCUGUCGCGGUACUUGUACAGAGAUUUACCUCGCCAUCUCAGUCCUUUGUCCAGAAUCCAUGUCGUGAUAUCAACCGGCUCGGGAGCGGGAAAUGCAAAGAGAAUAUUUCAAGAUGUCCUACAACCAUUUCUAUCAUACCUCGGGUUGACUACAUUUGAAAUCCAUGAAACGCAGUCUGCCCAAACAAUAACAGAGCUGGCGCAUUCACAAUUCAUUCCUUGCGCCCAAACUGGAACAGACCAAACCAUUCUACUCCUUUCUGGUGAUGGUGGUUUGGUUGACAUUGUUGAUGCGUUCUACAAUUCUUCAGAGAGCAUGCGUGUUCCACCCUGCAUCGGCUUGAUUCCGAUGGGCACAGGAAAUGCUAUGGCAAAUUCCAUCGGUUUGAAUUGCCCAACAAUGGGGCUGAUGGCGUUACUACAAGGUAAACCGAGGCGUAUACCAGUGUUUGCCGCUAGCUUCUCGCCCAAAUCACAGUACAUCACCGAAGAAGGUCGUGGCCGGGCUCCUAUAUGUAGCGAUCAAGCGGCGGAGAGUGAGGACCACAAGGUUUAUGGUGCUGUUGUCGCGAGCUGGGGAAUACAUGCUGCGCUGGUCGCAGACAGUGAUACGGUUGCAUAUCGCAAGUUUGGCGUCGAUAGAUUCAAACUGGCCGCAAAGGAGCUUCUUUGCCCAUCUGACGGCUCACCAACGCAUAGUUAUCAUGCUAUUAUCACCUUGGCCAACCAAAGCAAAGGUACCGAUGACCAACAUGUGGAGUCUAUAGACCGAAAUGAACAUAUGUACGUGUUGGCCACCUUGGUCUCAAGGCUUGAAAGGGGAUUUGUGAUCUCUCCGGACACGUCCCCACUUGAUGGUUGUUUGAGAUUUGUUCACUUUGGCCCGACAUCGCCGGAUGUAGCGAUGCAACUCAUGAGCAAAGCGUAUCAAGGCGGUCUCCAUAUCCACGAAAAAGCGGUGACAUAUCAAGAAAUUGAGGGCUUUCGUAUUGAUUUUCUGGAGGAAGAUGAACGAUGGAGAAGAGUCUGCAUUGAUGGGAAGAUAAUAGUUGUUGAGCGAGGUGGUUGGAUGGAAGUGCGCAGGGAACCACGGUGCUUGCUGAAUCUUAUCGCCGAUGUCCCUUGAUCUUCAGGCGAUAGACGAUAGCGUAGUACGGCGUACAUAGAAAACAUCUAUAAUACAAACCCCCACUAGUUUGCGAUGCCGGUUGGGGGUUAUCUAUAUAUGCAGUUUCACACUGGUUUGGGUUUCAUUCAGAUGGCCUGCUGAGUGAAACUGAAGGUGCUCCGUACAAACACGAACUUUUUUAUCUCCCGCUCAGAUCGUCAAGUU